UCCGAGUUAUAGGGAUGUGUUCGAUCCUAGAUUAGUUUAGCAUGCAGUCACGUCUUACCAUUCUGACUGCCUGGGCUUAUUUGUCGUCUAGCCCUUUGUUUAGAUUCUCCUGCUGAUUUUCUAAGAGAAAAAAAUUGCCAAUUUAUCUGUUAACACAUGAGUGUGUCACUUGUUGUGAUUCGUCUGGAGCUAGCAGACCAGUCUCACUUUCCACAAGAUUUUCAGUACUGUGCAGAUGAGGAUAUGUCGGAAGAAGAAUUUCGAGAGAAAGCCCUGGGCACUGCCAAAGUUUCCCUGAGUGGCAAGACAGAGUUGGAGAAGGCGGCAAUACUACACCAACAUAUUGGCAGCAGGGCCAUGGCAGAUAUGGUUAUCGAAUCCUUUGCUCCCAGCCCAGGAGACCCUGGGCAGGGAGAAGGAGAGGAGGCCGCUGAGACUCAGGAUGGACGGAGCAGUAGGAGCACUGAGGAGGCCUCAGAAGCGGGCACUGUUCCUGACUCCCCCUCCAAGCAGCUGCCGGAUCAGAUCUCUUUCUUCAGCGGGAAUCCAUCCGUAGAGAUUGUCCAUGGAAUCAUGCAUCUAUAUAAAACAAACAAGAUGACAUCUUUGACGGAGGAGGUGAGGCGUAGCGCCAUGCUGUGUAUCCUCACAGUGCCUGCCACCAUGACCAGUCACGACCUCAUGAAGUUUGUGGCGCCUUUUAACGACGUCAUGGAGCAUAUGAAGAUUAUCCGGGACUCCACACCCAACCAGUACAUGGUGCUGGUCAAGUUUAGUUCCCAGGCCGAGGCUGACAGUUUCUACACUGCAUGUAACGGCCGUCAGUUUAACUCCAUCGAAGAGGCGGUGUGUCAGCUAGUGUAUGUGGAAAGGGCAGAGGUCAUCAAAUCUGAAGAGGGGGCUAGUUUACCGGUGAUGGACCUCACGGAGCUGCCUAAGUGUACGGUGUGUCUGGAACGCAUGGAUGAAUCGGUGAAUGGGGUUCUAACCACUCUCUGCAACCACAGUUUCCACAGCCAGUGUCUCCAGCGUUGGGAGGACGCCUCGUGUCCUGUGUGUAGAUACUGCCAGACCCCUGAACCUGUGGAGGAGAACAAAUGUUUUGAGUGUGGUGUGCAAGAGAACUUGUGGAUCUGUCUGAUCUGCGGCCAUAUCGGCUGUGGGCGCUACGUUAGCCGUCACGCUUACAAGCACUUUGAGGAGACUCAGCAUACGUAUGCCAUGCAGCUAACCAACCACCGCGUCUGGGACUACGCUGGAGAUAACUACGUCCAUCGACUGGUGGCCAGUAAGACUGACGGGAAGAUGGUGCAGUACGAGUGUGAGGGCGACAGCUGUCAGGACGAGAAGAUUGAUGCUCUGCAGUUAGAGUACUCCUACUUACUGACAAGCCAACUGGAAUCACAACGGAUUUACUGGGAAAACAAGAUCGUUCAUUUAGAAAAAGAUACGGCUGAAGAGAUUAACAACAUGAAGGCCAAGUUCAAAGAGACAAUAGAGAAAUGUGACAAUUUAGAGCUCAAACUAAAUGAGUUAACCAAAGAGAAGCAAUCCAUGGAAAAGAAGUGCACGCAGCUCGGUAAUAAGCUGGCUAAGCUUGGGCAGGAGCUGAGGGAGGAGCAAGAGAUGAACCGCUGUCUGAGAGCCAAUCAGACGCAGCUGCAGGCCAAGCUGAUGGAGGAGGAGCGUCAGGCGCGGGAGGCGCUGGAGCGGAAGGACGGCCUGAUCGCCGAGCUGCAGGAGCAACUGCGGGACGUCAUGUUUUACCUGGAGACGCAGCAGCAGAUCAACCAGAUGCCCGCCGACGCCCGCCAGGAGAUCCAGGAGGGGCAGAUCAACAUCGCCUCCGCGCCCACCCCCCCCCAGGCCGGGCCCUCCGCCCUCGGCUCCGGAAAACUGGGCGGGAGGAAAGGACGUUCCAAGAGAGGGAAGUAAUGGAUACUAAAAACCAGGGCGGGGAGGUUCAAACCUGGAUAAGUAGGAGUAGGAGGGGGAGUAGGAGGGGGAGUAGGAGUUUAUUGCAGACUGAGAGUCUACACUAGCCUGCUGA